UCAUUACAUUUUGUGUUUUCAUAUCCUUGCUCGCUCCGUGUAAAUAGUGCCCGAGCGCGCCUCCGCGUGCGGAGCACCACCGUCAUUUUGUGCUCUCGCAUGGCGGAGGAAGAACCGCACCUUGCUUUGGCCCGGAGGUGCGCGGCGAUGAGCGGCCGCCCGCGCAGCGCCGUGGCCGGCUGAGGAGACUCCAUCACCGGCGGAGCGUCAGAGCAGCGAGCCGCCGGUGGCUCGGGUCGGGCGGACAAAACCCAAAACGUCGAGGCUUGACGUCCAUGCUGACAGCUCUUCGGUCCCGUGGAAGAAUGUUUGUGCGGAGGGGGUGUGUAUGAGGAAACAGCAGCCUGAUACCCCCGCCACCCCCGGGCCCACCAGACCAGGUCAUGUGACACGCACGCCCAGACAGAUGACAUCUUUGACAGCUGCAGACACGCCAAGUACUCGGACGGCACGGACGCAGGCUUCCAUCUUGAAUCAGCACAUGACACACGGCGCCGUCACAGACAAAGGCAACGCUUUCAGAUAUUACCAGCAUCUCUACUGUGUUGAGGAAUCUCCUGAACAGAAGUCAGUGGCCCGCAGGAGACGUCGCCGGCCCCCGUUGACAUGUGGUCCCCCUGAGCCCCCGCGAUGCCGGUGCAGGCGGCCCAGUGGACGGAGUUCCUGUCCUGCCCCAUCUGCUACAAUGACUUCGACAGCAGCGGCCACCAGCCCGUCAGCCUGGGCUGCUCGCACACGGUGUGCCGCGCCUGCCUGCACAAGCUGCAUCGCAAGGCCUGCCCCUUCGACCAGACGCCCAUCAGCACCGACAUCGACCUGCUGCCUGUCAAUUGCGCCCUGCUGCAGCUGCUGGGGUCUCGGCUUCCUGAUGUGCCGCCCGUCAGCCUAGGCAGUGCGGCCGACGUGGGACACUAUGACGCCUGCAGGGCGUGCGUGGAGGACAUGGCGCUCUAUCUCAAACCAAUCAGUGGCGCAAAAGGUGUGGCGCCGUCCAGUCCGAGCGCGCUCAGUCGGCCCAUGCAGAGGAAGCUGGUGACGCUGGUCAACUGCCAGCUGGUAGAGGAGGAGGGGCGCCUGCGAGCUGUCAGGGCGGGCCGCUCGCUGGGCGAGCGCACGGUCACCGAGCUCAUCCUGCAGCACCAGAACCCCCAGCAGCUGUCUGCCAACCUCUGGGCGGCCGUGCGGGCACGAGGGUGCCAGUUCCUGGGGCCCGCCAUGCAGGAGGACGCCCUGAAGCUGGUCCUGCUGGCCCUGGAGGACGGCUCGGCCCUGUCCAGGAAGGUUUUGGUGCUGUUUGUGGUGCAGAAGCUGGAGGGCCGCUUCCCUCAGGCCUCCAAGACCAGCAUAGGACACGUGGUGCAGCUGCUUUACAGGGCCUCAUGCUUCAAGGUGACCAAGCGGGACGAGGACUCCUCGCUCAUGCAGCUGAAGGAGGAGUUCCGUACGUACGAGGCUCUCCGCCGAGAACACGACGCCCAGAUCGUCCACAUCGCCAUGGAAGCCGGCCUCCGUAUCUCCCCCGAGCAGUGGUCCUCUCUGCUGUACGGGGACCUGGUCCACAAGUCCCACAUGCAGUCCAUCAUUGACAAGCUGCAGACGCCUGAGUCUUUUGCAAAGAGCGUCCAAGAGCUGACCAUCGUCCUGCAGAGGACAGGAGACCCUGCCAACCUCAGCGGCUUGAGACCUCACCUCCACCUGCUGGCCAACAUAGACCACAAUCCUGAGGAUCCAGCACCGUCCUGGCAGGAAGUGGAAAGGGUGAUGUUGGCGGUGAAGCUGGUGGUCCAGGGCCUGGUGGAGUUCAUACACAAGUUCAGCAAGAAGACGCAGGACUCUCCACAGCCUCAGGUGAACAGCAAGUAUAAGACCAGUAUGUGUAGAGACCUCCGACAUCAGGGAGGCUGUCCUCGAGGAAGCAACUGCACCUUUGCACACACGCAGGACGAACUGGAGAAGUUUCGACUAAGGAACAAGAAGAGCAGCAGCGUUAGCCGCGCCAUCCCAUUACCGUCUGCUAAAACGUUCGUCAUGGAAGGCGGUGGCAUCGCUGAGGGCUCUGCAGGAGACUACAGCAUGAAGAGGGUCACGUCCAGUGAAUCGAUGGGGGCGAGCGGCGCCAGCGGGCCGAGCAGUGGGACCGUACUGGGCUCAGCCGAGCAGAAGUCUGUGUCCCCGCCCCCAGCGCCACCCGUCAGCCACUCGACAGCAUCAUCUCCUUUGGGGACGGCUGAUGGGGCGUCCAAACACGGUCCUCUUGUGCUGAGAGUCACUCAUCCUUCUCAGGAUCUCAUCUACCAAGAAGCACAGUCUGCGUACGACACCGCCCACUUCCACACCAGCUCAGGUUCCUUCUACCCACACAAGCCCUGCAUGGCUCGCUUCCUCAGAUCGGCCAACGUCCCGGAAUCCUCCAUGCCACCUUCCUCCUUCCCCGCCGAUCCUUCAUCCUCUUCCUCCUCUUCCCCUUCGGGGUAUCCGCCCCCCCCGCCCGGAGACCGGCUCGGCCCCCCCGUCUUCCAUCCCCACCCCGGGCAGCCCCAGUAUGGAGCUCUGGCGUCCGCCCAUGGCGUCUAUGCGCCGCUCUACGACAGCAGAAGAGUGUGGAGGCCUCAGUUGUACCACAGAGAGGACGCCCGCAGUAACUCCUUGCCCCCCGAGGUGCUGCAUUCCUCCGUCUACCAGCCUCCACUCAGGGAGAGAUUCAACUCGCUGGACAGCAACUACUGCUCUGGAUCGGAACACCGCGCGGGGCCGCACGGGGACUACACCCGCGUUCCUUUGGGCUACGACCAACUCUUCAGGCGGAAGCAGGAGCAGUGGGCGCACCAUCACCACCAUCACCACCACCACCAGCACCACCAGCACGGCGCCAACAGGCCCUCCCAGUCCUCCGCCAUCUUCAACAUGGAUUUUGGAGCCGAGCACGCGGACAGCGGCGUGGGACCGUGUGUGGGGUGUCGCUUCCGAGGCGAGGAGAGCUUGGCACGCUACUCGCCGUGGUCCUGUGGCGGCGUCGGACCCUGCCUCCGCCCCUUUGAGCCUGAGACACUCCAGCACGCUGCGCCUCACUCCUGCUUGGAGCAGACGGAGCUGGACAGCGGCGUCACAAAGCGGUGGCUGCACUCCUUGGAACAGUACAGGCGACUUAAAGAGGAGGACCCCAUCAUCCCCUUCAGCGAGGGGCCCAUCAUCUCCAAGUGGGGCGCCAUUUCCAGGGCGUCCCGCUCGGGAUACCACACCACCGACCCCGUCCAGGCAACCGCCUGCCAGGGCGGCACCAGCACCACGCCAGUCAACUUUAAAGAUUACAACUCUCAUGGGGAUCACAGCGAGUCCAGGUGGAUCUCCAGGGGAUCGGUUCACGCUCCGCAUGACAGCGAGCAACUAUGUGCACCGGAUCUACGUCAGCAUCCAUCAAGCGAGCGAAAGGCCGGCUUCAGCCAGGACCAGCACCAUCGGGAGCCCCGCACGGGCCGAGAUAUUGACCUGGAACUGUGCCACCUGGACCUGGAGGACCCCAACGGCCAGGAGAUGAAGGAGUCGGCAGACCUGGCCGCUUCAUAUUCCGAGGACGCCGCCCACCCUCACCCGCCACCAGCGGAAGAGCAACGCCACGCUGACAGCUCUUCCACAGACAAGAUGGACGCCCACCUACUGAAAAAGAUGGCCUUCAGGAAGUCGUUGUCUCCUGUAGGCUUGGUGUCAGGAGGUCUGGGCAAGCUGGUGCUGAGGACCGGAACUCCCGGACCAGGUGGUGACUCCGCCGGUCGGUCUGGUCCUGAAGAGGCGGGGGCGGAGAUGCUGCUGGGUGGAAGCUAAGCUAAGCUAAGCUAUGCUAUGCGGUGAUGUUUACAUCUGCUGUGGUUCAACACAGCAGUCACAUGACAAAGAUUCUGUUUGCUACAUACGCCGGGCAAAAGUUUAGACACAUCGUCUCAUUGAUUAGCAUUGGGAAGUGUCUCUAAACUUUUGACUGAUUGACAUUUUUAUCGACUUUUUCAUAUUUUUGCUCGUGCCUUGAAAAAAGUUGUCUUUUUGGACAUUUUUUACUUUCAGCCUUGCAUGGCGAUAUGUGCCGGUUGCAUCCAGUGGUUUCGCUUUAUGAGCGUUUACAUGAUAUUAUAUUAUAUUAUAUUAUAUUAUAUUAUAUGUCCUGCUCUCUGCAUAGAGGGCCGGCCUCCGCCAAGGCUUAAACCAGGGGUGUCCAAACUGUGGCUGCCUGCUUUUUAUUGGCCCGUGGCACAUUUUAAAAUAUCAUUUAACAGGAAAACAAACAAAAAGCCAAAAGUUGGAAUCUAAUGAAAUAAUAAUAACAUAAUAAUAACAUAAUAACAGGAUAAUAUUAUCAGAAAAAUACAUGAAUUUAGUAGCUAAGAGUUCAAAUAUGUUUAAAAAAGUGUGUUUUUAUGACAAACCAACCAACAAAUAAAAUUGGUUGGGGAAAAAAGUUAGAAUCUUUCAAGAAUAAAACCAACAUGUUAUGGGAAUCAGAAUUUAUAAAUUUGUAAAAUAAAGAACAUUUAUAAGAAGAAAGCUGAAUUUCAAAGAAAACCAAACAGUAAAAAUUGAAAAACAGAUGUAGUUGAAAAAGAUGUAUUCUAUCAAGAAAAAAGUAAAACAUGUGCAUAAUUGUUAUUAUUUUUAGUAUUAUGGGAAUAAAGUCAAUAUAUUAUUGCAACAAAUACAUCAUUUUCCAAAAUAAACAAAAACAUAAACAUUUUGGGAAAAAAAAUUUGGGGAAAAAUUAGGUUGGAAAAAAGUCUGAAUUUUAUGUGCAUAAUUAUAAGAAUAAAAUUUACAAGUAGAAAGUGGAAAUAUUUGGAAAUGAAAGCAGAAAUAUAAAACAAACUGUAAUUUUAUGUGAAUAUAGUCAAAAUAUUAAGAAAAAAAUGGCAUUUUUACAAGACUAAAAUCAUAAUAUUGUAAAAUAAUUUUAAUAGCUUAGAGUUCAAAUAUAAAAACCUUUUAAGCUGUAAUGACCAACAAUAAACAACAUAAAGCUGUAAUUUUGGAAAAUUAGGUUGUGCAAAAAUGUCGAAUAUGACAAUAAAGUCCAAAUCUAAUAUUAGGAAAAGAAAUUUACAAGAAGAAAGUUGUAGUUAUGGUUAUAGUUAUAGUUAAUAGUUGGAACAACAACCACAGAUGAGAAUAAAGUCAAAAUACUAAAAAAUUGAAUUAAAUUGACGAGAAUGAAUUGCUGAUUUUAGGAGUGAAUUUUUUUUUAUUGUUAUUAUUUUUGGAUGUCGUCAUAUAACAAGAAAAUAACGUUAAAAUUAAGAUAAUUAAGUUUGUGGAAAAAUUAGCAUAUUAGCAUAUCAAAAUGUUGUGAGAAGCUUAUGAGAAGAAAACUAACUUAUGUAACAUCUUAGCAUAUUUCUCAAAGUGGCCAAGUUGCAUCCUUUGAUUUGUCGCUACGAGGCAAACGCUCCCUGGCGAGAAGUUAGGACCCCCCCGGAUUAAAAUGAUAACAUCAGGCCGUGAAUGGUCAUUUUUUUUAACUUGGUGUUUCUUUGGGUGCUCGUCUUUGACGUGUUUUUUGCAUUUUGUGCGCCGCUAACUUCUGUGAAGUUGUUUGUCAAGAGUAUUUUUGUAUCGGGACAUCCCGUCGCUGCUGCUGUUCCACGGACACUUUCCACGGUAGUAGAGCAGCAUUUUGGAAAAAGACGUGCUUCUUCAUGUUGUAUAUUUUCCCGCACGGUGACCUGUACGAGCCGUACGUGCCCCAACGCUUUGAGAUCUAAUGCCACCACCGCCUUCUUUCAUCGGAUUUUUCCAACAAAAAUAUCAUCAUAAUCAGGGAAACUCAGGGACAGAAUUUGGAUGCCCCGCUAUUACAGCCAUUACUUUGCCCUGCUUCUAUUAACCACUGGAUGUCUUGGCAUCUGUUGAGGCAUUUAUUAUUUGGAAAACAUAUUUUUGCUAUAAUACAUUCAUUUUCUUCCUCACGAGGGUCGCGGGGGGUGAUGGAGCCUAUCCCAGCUGUCUUUGGGCGAGAGGCG